CACACCCUUCUCCAGAAAGUUGUGGGUGGCAUCGUUUUCUUUUCUUUUACCAACCUCAAAUCUGAUCAGGACAGGACAUUGAACGUGGACAGCACUCAGACCACCACCACGAGGAAGUCAAUUUAUGUCGGUUUUGUGGACUUUUGGCACAUAUGUAUGAGUUUAGAGUUUAGAUUCAUUCUAAAUAUGUUGUACACUGUCACUCGAAGUUAGUUUCAUUUUCGUUAUGAAAUUCGCAAUCAAAUGCACAGUUUAGUCUAUAUAUUUAUAUAAUGCUAAUGAAUUGUAGACCGCUUUUUAAAUAGCCUACAAUGUUUCAGUUAGUUGUGAGCAAUAUAGAACCAUUUACAAAGAUAGGCUAUUUACAAAUGGUCUGUAUCAAUGCGUCGAGGAAGGUACGUCUCAUUCAUUUGAACUUCAACAUAAUGGAUAAUCUGUGGUCACACACCAUAACUAAAAAGUGUUAGUCACACACGACAUCUCAAUACAGUAAUAUCUUGGGUUAUGAAAGGAUCGUUUGCAGUUGUACUAACCUCAAGGCUUGUAUAAAUUAUACUAUUCAAGGAUCAGUCAUUCAAAUGAACAGCAAAAAUUACAUUUAGUAGAUUUGGGUUCGAAGUCAGAAAUAUCCUAGGCCUAAAUGAAAGUGGGAUAAAGGGAUUUAAAUAAUUGUAGUAGUCGGCUAGUGGUGCAUAGAUGCCAUGGCAAGCACAGAACAGUCUGCUGUUGACUAUAUCCAAAAUGGCAGAAGACUUCUUGUGGAUAGCCUUGAGAACCACUCCCUGGUUAUUGACAACUUGCAUAAGCACAACGUGCUCCAUCAGGAGGAGGUAUCUUAUCUGUCCUCCAUGUAUGAGAAGUCUGAUAGAUCCAGAAAAAUGCUGGACAUGACUGUUUGCAAAGGGGAGGCUGCCUGCUAUGAGCUUUUGAAGAUAUUGUACACCACCAGGACAGUUUCACUCAAACAAGAUAUGCAUUAUUGGAUCAGCUGCUUUUCUUUCAGAGAUGACCCAAAACUACAGAGUGACUUCACUCCUACUGAUUCCAAACUUGGCUUCAAGUACAUGAGGCAGUUGAAAUUGAAAGCGAUUCGGAUUUAUGAAGCAAGACAAAAAAAGCGCAUGUAUUGGCUAAAAAACAGUUCUACAUUAAAACCAUUCACAUACAUACCUCUUGUUUUGGACCCCGACAGAAGUUUGUUUCAAAAAAGCAAGAUCUCCAAAAACAAGGCCUACAAAAAAUCUCGCUCAAAAAAACUUCAAACUUACAUUCCAGCAUUCAAGAGAAAAUUAUCCCCUGAUAAUUUACUGACAGGAAAUGAGAAAAAAAUUCUGCUGGUUGGAAAACCCGGGAUAGGUAAGACUACAGUUGCCCAGGAGAUUUUGAAUCUUUGGGCACAGAAAGAGGACAAUGUGGUGAGCUACAUGUUUUACUUCAAUGAAUCCUUGAUGAGGUCUAUGUCCCACUCUGAUGACCCCACGACUCUGAAGUCACUUUUGUUUGGCAAAUACGUCAAACCAGAGGAAGGGAUUGAGGAGAUUUUGCAAGAUAUGGAACAUAAUUCUGAAAAUGUCAUAAUUGUGUUUGAUGGAAUCAUGGACACAAUCAGCAAUUCUGUAGUGAAGCGCAUUUUAGAGAAAGACCUUCUGUGUGAUGCUAAGAUUGUGACCACAUGCAGACCAGAGGCAGAAGACUGUGGGUUUCUGUCUGACUGGCCAUCUUAUCGAGUGGAAGUACACGGAUUCAAUGACGCGUCAAUCAGAUCUUUCUUUAGGUGGAUGUUUGAUACAGAUGAGGAUGCCAUUUGCAGAAUUUUGAAUAACCCUGAACUCUUUAGUCUUUGUCAUGUCCCAAUGUACGCCUUCAUAGUGACUGCCUGCAUCUGUUUGAGUGUUUCUAAAGAUCAUCCUUGCACUGUAACAGAAAUUUAUGUACAGAUCUUGCGAGAUAUCUCGAAAAUACACAAUGACCAAACUACAGAACACUUGGGUGAAUACAUGCAUCGCCAAAAGGAGGCCCUCAGGUCUCUUGCUGAAAGCGCUUACCAAGCAAUGCUGGGCAAAACAGUCAACGUGACAAGAUUGGAUGGCGAAGACCACAGUGUGGUAGAUGCUUUUCUGACGUCAUCUGUUGCCAAGGACACAUCAACAUCAUCUUGGGCUUUUCUCCACAACACAAUGCAGGAGUUUUGGGCCUCUGUUUUUCUGUUGAUGACACCAGACAAAAUCACCCAAGUCCUUCAGCAGUGCCAGACCGAAGAAGGAAAGUACUUGAAGCACAUUUUCUCGUUCUUGUGUGGACUUUCUAGUCAGUCCAAUAACAUGGUUGAAUCAAUUAAAUUCUUGAUUUCUGAGGAAGAGGUGAGAGAACUAUCUGACCAGUACAUUGAAAAGAUCAUAGACUCAUUCAUCUACUGUGAGACACAGCCGGACCCUGAUGAAUCCAAUUCAGAUGUUGAUAUGGAAAAUCUCCUCUUCAUUUGUCAAUGCUUGUAUGAGCACCAGUCACCUGAUGCCUGCUUACUCCUCCUAGAAAAAGUGGGCUACGAGUUUAAUCUCAGUGGAGAACAGCUUGAUCCUCAACAGUGCUGUGCAGUGUCAUAUGUGAUCAGCCAAUCCAAAGACAGGAAUGUUCAACUGGACCUGGAAGACUGCUCUUUGUCAGAUCCAGGACUAAGGCUGAUUCUCAGGGCUUUGGAAAAUCUCACAAUGCUUAGACUGGAUUCCAUUACACAACUGCAGAUGUGGAAAGUUGCACUUCGCUCUGGCCUACAGAAAGACUGUGACAAUCUGAAAUUCACCUGUCAGUCCAAGAGCAAGAGGUGUGGAAGCCAGCAGAAGAGGUCCUGAAGCAGAAGAGACCAGAACAUAUUCAUCUCUGUCUACAUGUUGGUCAAGGCACCCAACAUAUUACCACAUCAUCAAUGAAAAUCAUCUUUGACCGUUUGUCAAACAUUGCAGAUAUCAGGUUCAUUCCACUCAAUGAUCAAAAAACGCAUUCAUGGAAUGAGGACGUGAAGUCAUUGCAGAUGGAUCUUUACAUACAAGGAGCUCUCUAUGAGGUGACGACAGGACAGAAAUGCGUCGAGGGUUUGCGCCCUGUGCUUGCACAUUUGAUUCACUCUGACUCUAUAGAGGAACAGAGCAAAUUCGUGGUUAGUCUGUACUCAAAGGCCCAUGACACGCAGGAAGGACUUCUACCAGUGUUGCAGCCUGUUUUCCAGACAACUCCUGCAGUAUGGUACAUAGACCUCUCUGAGAAAGGAACCUCUGGCAUCCUUCAAGUGCUGACAUUUCUGAAUGUAAAGAAACCAGUUGAGCUGUGGUGGUCGGAUGAAGAGAGCGAGAGGGAAUUGACCAUUUUCCUUCAGUGUCUACCCUACAUUUCAGAGCUGAGAUUCAACGACUGCAUUCCGAACACCAAUGAUGCUAUCAAAGUGCUUGUGGAUCUCUUCAUCUGUGCAGCAACAUUGCAAGGAGAGACGCUAAACAUGCUUUCAUCAGUAUGUGGAUACUCAGCUUUCCCCUUUGCUGAUCAGGACAACGCUGGACAGUGUGAUUUUCUGUUAGAUCUGUACCUGCAUGUGAGCGACUACGAGACUCAGACAGGCAGAAGUGUCCUUCCAGUGUUACUGCCACUUUACCGGACAGCUCCUGCAGUCUGGUCCGUAGACCUCUCUGAGAGAAAGGCCUCCCUCCUCCUAGAAGUGCUGAAACUCCAACCAGAGAAGAGACCGGUGGAACUGAGGGACUGGUCAGGUGACGAGAGUGACGUGAUGAGUUUCCUUCAGUGUCUACCCUACAUAUCACACCUCGGGUUUCUCUCCAGACAGGAUGAGGGGGAGCUGCCUGAAGAGUGGAGGAUCACAUUUUUUCCAUGGUCUUGUCGUUUCCUUUUGAAAGUGUUUCUUCAAGGAGCUGUUAAUGACAUACUGAGUGGACAGAGGUCUGUCGAGGCACUCCUGUCUGCUCUGGGGUUAGCUCAUUCAUAUGACUCUACAGAGAAGUGUAUGCUUCUGUUAGAUCUGUACUCACAUGCGAAGGACUAUGAGAUUCAAACAGGCAGAAGUGUCCUUCCAGCGUUACAGCCAGUUUACUGGUCAACUCCUGCAGUCUGGUCAAUAGACCUCUCGGAGAGAAAGGCCUCCCUCCUCCUAGAAGUGCUGAAACUCCAACCAGGGAUGAGACCGGUAGAGUUGAGGGGCUGUUCAGAUGACGAGAGUGACGUGAGGAGUUUCCUUCCGUGUCUACCCUACAUAUCAUACCUCAUUUGUGACUGCCAGUUCUUCCUGUCUAUGUGUGAUGCACUCUCUGUGGGUUCUGAGGGAGAUGCACUGCUAUCCCACUGUCUCCUCCAGGCCCUACACUACACUCUCACAUUGUCUGGGUGGUUGCCCAGUGUACGCUGCGAGGCAGUAGGAGCAGUCCUAGGCCAGUCUACUGCUGACGAGGAACUGGACGUCACUCUCACCCCACAGAGUAUCUCUCUCCAAGGAGCUAAACUUCUCUUCAAACAAGUGAAAGAGCUUCACAAGCUUAGAAUGAAUGAAGUGGCAACAGUGAAGCUAUCUAGGAUGUCACUUUUGUGCAAAAGGCCAAUGAUCGUUAAGGAGCUAACCCUGGUCUUAUCUAGGCCAAAUCCAACAGAACGGGUGCAGUGUAGAGUGAUCAGUAAUUUAGCUUCACUACUGACAGUGUGGACCGUAAGGAGCUUGGAUCUGACAGACUGUCCCAUCGAGGGUUACCUUCUUACUACUCUGUUGUGUCAUCGGGGUCCGCUCACUAUCAGACUAAGUGAGGAGAUUCUGCAACAGCUGGCAGUUGUGGUAUAUGAGGCUCAGAAUGAGGAACUGACCCAGUGCUUCCUGGAGAAGGUUGAUGGAGACCUGUCUAACUGUAGACUGGACUGGAAUGUGCUUCACUACCUGCUGAAGACCACCACACAACCCAUCACCAUCAACCUCAGGAGGAGCAGAAUCAGACAGCAAGACAUGCCUCAUCUUCUCCCGUUCCUGAAUAAUAUUCACUUUCAAAGAAUGAAUUCCCACUUUGAGAGGACAGCUCUGAAAGAAAUCCACCAACAACGUGCUGGUCACAUGGUGAUGACUUUAGUGAGGUCAUCAGACGAAUGGAUCAACUUGAACAACCUGGUCUUGAAACAGGACGACUGUGAAGCCCUGCGCUUUGCUUUACACUACAGUGAUGGGGUGAAACUCAACCUGUUGUGGACUGUCAUUCCAAAGGAGGAGAUGGGGAAGAUUCUGACUCUUCUGCACAGGGUCUCUGAACUCAGGGUCGACAGGAAACUACUCCUGGAGCUCCUCCAUGCCUGGACAGGAUUGAUAACACAAACAGAGGCACCCGCUGCACUGUUGAGGGUUCUGAAUCACAAACUGGACCUCUCCUGCUCUUCUGCCAUGGAUCUGUCAGGGCAGGAGGAAGAUACUGUUUUGAGCCUCAGUUCUUGGGACUGCAGGGCCAUCUCUGCAGCCAUCAAUAAAGCUGAUGGUGACACAGAGCUGAUUCUACACGACUGUCAGGUUGAGGAUGCAGGACUAGAGGAGUUUUACAAAGAGUCCAUUUUACAAAGAGUCCAUUUGAGCCUUGGAAAACCUAUUUUGCUGCAGCUCCUUCACCUGGUAUUUGUGGGAGAUGGAGGCAGGUCAGAGAGACUUGCUUCACUACUAUCCAGAGCCCUGGGGAAGGAACUGGACCUCAGUCAUACCCCGUUGGACCUGAUGGCCUGUUCGUCACUGGCAUUGAUUCUGGAGCACUCAGAAGGGCUUUCAGAGCUGGACCUCAGCGACUGCCAUCUCACUGACACACAUCUGGAGUUUCUGCUCACACAUCUGCACAAGGCACAAGUCCUAAAUCUAUGCAAUAAUGAAAUCACUGAUGAAGGAGCUGUGCAACUUAACCUAUACAUGAUUGGAAACAGCUUUACAGAAACUGUAUGGCUUUGCAACAACAAGAUCACUGAGUUUGACAGCUUCUUGGCGGAUAAACGCUACAAACUUUGGCCUGCUCAUGUGCCUGGAAUGCAGGACCGACGCGUCACAAACCUGGGCUCUAUCUCUGUGAGAGAAGAGACCUCUAAAGUUUUUUCAAAGACCAAACCCAUUAUUAAAGAAUUUAACCCUGAGCUAGUUGAAGAGGUUGAAGAAAACAACAAGAUUUCCUACAGGUUCCAGUGUGGGUUUCGUGGCAAGUUCCAGUGCAAAGCUACAGGGCUGGUAUUUGGGAUGCGGGAGCCAGGUACCGUGGAGUAUAGUGUGGACCACUGGGACAUGCACAUGCUUGCUGACACAGACUCUGAGCCUGCAUGUCCUGUGUUUAAGAUCAGCUGUCCAGAGGGACAUAUGUACCAACUGCACCUUCUUCACUGCGAGACUGAGGUCUACGCAGCUGAGGCCUUGUCUGUGGCUCACAUAUGGAGCAAUAGUCUGGAGAUUCUGGUACCUAUUCGGGUGACACAUUCACAUGUGAUUAUAAACAUCAAUGGGCUCUCCAGAUGGACUUUGUUACGCCGCAAGCCAAAAACAAACAAAAAAAUCAAUGGGCAGGUGCUUCUUUUCCUGGAGCUAAACGUUACAGAAGGACAACACAGGCUCUGGGUGUACCUAUUGUCCCGCAGUGUGCCAUACACUGAGGUAAUAAAGCGAAAUAAGAAGCUGGAGUUCAUCCGUGCUUGCUCUGACUGCUACCUAAGGCCCGAAGCCCGAUACAGAGUGACCUCAGACCUCGAACAGGGCUUCAGCGUCCAUCCCAAGGAGAAAGAUUUGCAUAUUCAUAAUGGCCCAGAUCAACAUGCCACAUUUACAGUCCUCUUGGACAAUACAGUUACCAAAUUGAAGCUGAUGAUUCAGGAGCUCAAGAGGAUGGGGCGAAAGAAGGUGUGGAAAUGCCAAUGGUUUGAACCGAUAUUUCUAAAGCCAGGCAGCAAUCUCACAGAGUCGGACUGGUUGCAGAAUCUGUGUCGCAUCCUGGAGCACCUGUCAGCCAAGGAGAUCAAGAGGCUUAAGUUUCUAGUCAGAACCUCAAAGGAACUCCCACAACCCAGUAUCUCCAGCCAUGACCUGGGGUGCUUGGAGGAGCUCCACGAUUUUGCAGAGCUAAUGGUAAAGAGCUGGGGGAUGAAUGGCUCCAUUUCAGCCACUCAAUUGCUCAUGAAAGAACUGCCACGCAAAGACGAAACAGUGACAUCCUUGCUGAUGCCCUUCCUGGAGCAAUGUGUGGCGCUAAAGGGGGAGUGAGAGUCAGUGGUGUGAACAGCCUUAAAGGACCUUGGUUUCCCUCAGGGUUCUAUACUAGAAGCAUCAGGAGAAGGAGAGUUGAAGAGAACUUUCACACUGUUUUGGCUGGAGGCAACAACAACCCUAAGGAGAAGGCAGACCGACAUUGUUGAACAAAUGUCAGAUAAUGAGGUUCAUUGUGUUAUUUGCUCAGAUUUGUGCUCUUUUGCAUGACAAAUGUCUCCACUGUGUACUUGGUUAAAAAAUAUGUAUGUGUGUGUUCAUAUUUUUAAGCAUUCAAAUGUACUUUAUAUGAUAUGAAUAUGUUCUCCCUGUAUGAUAUUUUAAAGUUGCUCAGAGUUUUUACAAUUGUUAUUUUUGUUCUAGUUCAAUAAAACAUUUAGAA